AUGCAUUCUCUGAAUUUUCUGAUUCUGGCAAUAGUCUCGGUUCUGGCUGAGGCCGGUUAUCCGGUAGCUGAUAGUUAUGUAAGACCUCCUGCUCAAAGUUAUCCAGUUUCAAACUACGCUGCACCACGGCCCAGUUAUUCUGUAAGUUUCAAUAAUUUUUGAACACUCAUAAAGUUUUUUGAAGGUCCCGCCUCCACCAAGCUAUGCUGCUCCAAAACCAAGUUAUUCCGUUCCACCAUCACCAAGCUACGCUGCACCAAAACCAAGUUACUCGGUGAGAAGAGCUAUAGUUGUUUUGAUAUUCAAAGUAUAAUUUGUCAGGUUCCACCUCCACCAAGUUACGCUGCUCCAAAGCCAAGCUAUGCUGCACCCAAAUCUAGUUAUUCAUCAGCUCCAUCUUAUGCUCAGAGACCAAGUUAUCAGGUGAAUUUUUGAAUGAAAUACGGCUCGUCAGCAAAUUCUCUUACAAGUCCACCUAAUUCCAGACCUCCCCAGCUGUUUCAUCAUACGCACAGAAACCCGCAUAUUCUACAGCCCCAGCUGCUUCCUCAUAUGCACAGAAACCAAGUUACGGAGUCGCACCACCACCAACUUCCUAUGCCCAGAAGCCCAGCUAUUCUACUGCACCAACGACGUCAUAUGCUCAGAAACCAAGCUAUCAAGUAGCAUCACCACCGGCUUCGUAUGCACAGAAACCAAGUUAUUCUACUGCUCCAACAUCGUCUUAUGUUCAAAAACCUAGUUACCAGGUAACUUGAACAAUUUGCAAUAACAGAGAAUGAUAUUUUUCUAAUUCCUCAGACCGCACCAUCGCCAACCUCUUAUGCUCAAAAACCAAGUUAUUCUACUGCUCCAACAUCGUCUUAUGCUCAAAAGCCCAGUUAUCAGGUAACUCAAACAAUUGGAAAUUAAAAAUAAUAAUUUUUUUCAAUCUUCAGACUGCACCAGCGCCAACUUCUUAUGCUCAAAAACCAAGUUAUCCAUCUGCUCCAACAUCGUCUUAUUCUCAAAAGCCGAGCUAUCAACCAACUUCUUACUCAGCCCCAGCGCCUCCUGCACCAUCUCCAUAUAACACUCCAAAACUUGACUCUACUUACAAUUCCCUUCCUUCACCACCUUCUCCCGUAAAUCCACCAACAUAUGGUGCAGCUACUCCGAUUGGUAUUGUUGGUGGAACACCAAUCAAUUAUGGGCCAUCUGGAUCAUCAUUCAGACGUGCUCGUGUCCGUGGAGCAAUCAACAAACAAAGAGGAUUCCAACGUCGCCAAUUGCGUCCAAUCCGAAAAUUCAAGAAAGCCUAA